UCGUUACGAGAAUAUUCAAAUACAGAAAAUAAUCUAAAGUCCUUUUUUCGUGAAGAAUUUAAGGGAGGACAAAAAAACGAGAAAAAAGGCUACCUUGAUUUCCCUGGGCGAGCAGUCAUGCCUAAACUGAUAGGUAAAAACGCGACGUUCGAUGAAUUUCGUAUGAUCGAUCUGGUGAAGAGCAACCCUGAAUUGUAUGAUCCGAGUCACGAAUUCGCCAAGGAUAUCGUACAUAAAAAUAACAUCUGGAAGAAGAUAGCUGGGGAAUUAAAUGUACCGGUGGAGGCACCGAAAAAUGUAUGGAAGAGGCUGCGUUACGCGUAUGCGAGAGGCCUACGAUAUCCCGAAGGAAAAAAGUCUGGAUCAAGAGAAUCUCUACCUUACGACAAUGCCCUGUCGUUUAUGAAGAAAUUUAUCAUGGAAAAUUCACGAGAGAACAGUUGUGCGAGCAGUGAGUGCAAUUCUCCGAAAAAAGAGAAACGUUUCCUCCGGUCCGGAUCUCAUGUCUCAAGUGGGUCCAAGAAAGAGACAAUCUCAUCCCCGAGUAACAUACCAGCAGGGAAUGAAGAUCCAGUUGAGGAUAACCCAAUCCUUACGGAAAACCCAGUUCAGAAUAAUUCAGGUCAAACAGGUUCAGAAGCAAGCGACAGGUAUCACGCAAUGCCAUCGGCAACCAGUAGAGUGCUACGUCCGAGAAUGUCUGAGCCAUCCCGUCUGGCGUCGAAGGAGGCGCUCCAGAAGGCGACGAACACGGCGUCGCGACGCCUUACGAUGACACCAGCCGCCAAGAAUAGGAGGAGAAACUCACCGAAUCCAGAUGAUCCAACUCGCGCCUUCUUCGAGAGUAUGGCCCUGACCGUGGCAAGCUUCCCGCAGCAUCUCCAAGCUACGAUAAAGGUCCAGGUGUGCAAUAUUGUUGCCGAGACUGAGUACGAUCUUUCCUCGCCAAAAAUUCGUUGAUGAUAAUCGAUUUGGGAUCCUCUGCAUGAAUAUCGUCUCACGUUACGAGAUCGUAUCAUUGAAUUAUUUCCAAGCUUCGCUGCUUCAGCCUUCGCAGUCCGCUGCUACUGUAUAGGACAGUAUAACGACUCUGUACGGUACGAUAAAAUACAUUAGGAACUCUUCCUAAUACGAAAAAAAGGAAUUUAUCAUGUUCAACGUUAUCUAUUUGUCUGUU